CAAAAAUUAAAAAACAGAAAAACCGCAUUGAAAAUUUUGUUGAGCCCGAGCAGUGAAUAAAGUCCAACAUGGAUCGGAUGCCACUUAAUCGGAGCACUAUGAUGGGCAUGAUGGGUAACCCUAUGUCCUCAAUGUUUGGUUCCUCGGGUGGGUCAAGUCAGCCGUUCUCCCUCAUUGGUAAUAUGGACAUGAAUAAUGUUGGAAUGGGCAGCAGCAGCAGCAGUAGCAUGGGCAGCAGCCAAGGUAUGAUGAGCAGCCUCCCAAGCGGUUUGAUGGGAAUGGGGAUGUCGGGUAUGAGCGUCAUGGACCAGAUGGCAAAAGAGGCUGAGAUGCGUCGCAUCCUUGAGUCUGAUAUAGAGAUUGAUCGCCGUGGAGGACGUCAGGACUAUGGUAACUAUGGUAACCGCCGUGACAUGGACAUGUAUGACGAUAGGAUGUCGCCAAGGUCCAGAUCGAGUGGGCUGCUGCCUGCCCCAGAAAUUCCACCUCUAAUCAGCAACAUGGGGCAGAGGCGUGAUAUGCGAGGAAACCGUGGCCGAGAUAGGGAUCGCGGCCGCAUGGACCAGCGGGAUAUGCGUGACCGUCGUGACGCCCAGCGUAGGGAAGAAUGGCGUCGCAAUGAACCAAGCGGUAAUAGAAAUUCCUCAAGAUCAAACCGCAGCGAAGGUCGUCGAGAUAGUCGUGACAACCGUGGACGCUCUGAUUCAAGCAGGGGGACCGGAAAUAGCGACAGGUCCAACCGUACGAGCAGCAGUCCUGGCAGCAGCAGGAAGCGCCACUCUGAAGAUGAGGCCAAUAAAGAUGGGGCAAAGACUGCCAAGAAGGAGGAGGGGGAUGCCCCACCAGACUCAAAGACAGAAGGUGAAGGUGAUGGCGACAAGGCCGAGAAGGAAGCAACAUCAACUGAAGACAAGAAUGCGAAUCAUUGUCUGACAUGUGAUGUGACCUUUGAAGGAACGUUCCUCGAACAUCGUGAUGGACCAGAGCAUAAGGGCAAGGUUAAUCAUGAUUCCAAGAAUUUCUGCCGCACCUGUGAGGUGAACUUUGAGGGUCAGUUCUUGAACCAUCGCCUGUCCAAUAGGCACAAGGAACUGAUGGCGAUUUUCCUGUCGCAAGGAUGUGCUGUGUGCGGUGUCAGCAGCUUCACCCAUUACAUGAAGUGGAAGGACCACAUGAACACCAUCAACCACAAACGGCUGGAAAAACGCGCCCUAGCAGCCCGGAGGAUCUCAGAAAUUGAGGAUAAGAUGGAAACGAUUGAAGCCUUGUCGCAGUCAGCAGGCGUUUCUGAAGCUGGAAGUGGAGAGGAAGAUGCUGCUUCUGAUAACAUGGAUAAGGAUGGGUUCAAACAGCCCAAGUCACCUGGCAUGAAAGACACUGGCGGUGAGGUUGAUAAACCGAGUUCAGAAGUUGCCAUCGGACAAGAGUUCGUUGUGCAGGUGACUGGCUAUUUCUGUAAACUGUGCCACAAGUUUUACACGAAUGAGACAGCUGCUAAGAUGACCCAUUGCCAGACACAGUCCCACUAUGUCAAACUUCAGAAAUACAUCUCUUCUAAGUUGAAGCCUGCCCUACCUGCAGCUGCGAAGCCAGCAGCAAAGUCCACAACCCCGGGUGCAAAGCCCUCGACCCCAGCGGCCAAGUCUGGCGGCCCCGCUAAAAAACCAAACAAAAGAGGACAGAAGAAGAAGGAGGAGGAGACGAAGUCUGAUGUGGCUGAUGAAGUGAAGGAGGCUGAAGAGGUCAAGGAGACUGAUGAGAAGAAAGAGGAGGAGACAGAGAAGACUGAAGCAAGUACAAUUGAAGUUAAAAAUGAAGUUGAAGCUAAAGUCGAAGGAGAUGUGAAUGUGAAGACUGAGGAAGUCAUGUCGCAAGAUGAUACAGCUAUCGCAGACAAUGAGGCACCCGCUAUUGAUGAUACUGGGGCUGAAGCCAAGGACGAGGAAGCAGAAGAUGUGGAUGGUGAGGAACCCAUGGAAACCUCUGUAAACAGGGAUCCUGCCGCUGAUGACAAUGAUGAGGAUGCAGAGGCACUGGAGGAGGAUGGGGAUGACGCUACCGAUUUGUCUCCUACAGCUUCAAAAAAGGCGCCCAAGAGGAAGCAGGUCUCCAAGAGGGGUCGUAAGGUCAAGAAGUAGCCCAAGCCGGCAUGAAACUGGUAGCAUUUGUUGCCUGGUCACUAGUGAAUGGAUAUGACCCAAUAAGGGGUCACCUGUAACUUUCGCUAAUUUGAUCAUCUUGGGUUGUUCACCAUUGUGACCUAAACAUGUUGGCCUACUUUAUUUCAAUGGUACCUUGUACUGAAUGAAAGCUUGGUGUCAAUUUAAAAAAGAUAUGUGUUCUCUAGAUAGCUUACAGUAUGUGAUGUUACUGUAGACGUAAGCUGUGGAUUUUGAAGUGUAGCUAUAUCAUGUUCAAUAUGUCCCUACCAGUUGAGGUUCCUGUUACUUAUGAUAUUAACUUGGAAGGAAUCAGUUGCUCACAUAUAUGCUUUGUCUGUUGCUACCUGAUAUCCUUGAUGUUGAUUGAUAAAAGGCUUGAAAUGCACCUAUGGUAUCCUGUUCUAUGUCAGCUGCUAUGACUUAUCAUGUUACAAUGUAACACCAUGUG